UUUGGCUUCGUCAAUUGAUCAUUUUCUCAAGAAGCAGCUCCUUCAAGUGUUAACCACACACAGCAAGAGAGAAGCACAGAGACACCCAAACUGAGGGCGGAGCCAUGGAAGCUGCAUUUUGUAGUCGACUUGCUCUUUCUCCCAACCAUUUUUUGAAUGCUAGAAAUCACGGAGAUAAACGAUUUCUUUUUAAAAAUAACAAAGAUCGGAGCACUCUAAUGGCAGCAUCAGCCACGGGAUUAGGGAAAGGUGGGGGGUUGUUGGAGAGGCCAACCAUAGAGACAACAACGCCUGGUCGGGAAUCCGAGUUUGAUAUACGGAGAUCAAGAAAGACGUCCCCACCUUAUCGGGUAAUGCUGCAUAACGACAACUUUAACAAGCGAGAAUAUGUUGUUCAAGUGUUGAUGAAGGUGAUACCCGGAAUGACACUUGAUAAUGCAGUUAACAUAAUGCAAGAGGCACAUUAUAAUGGACUGUCAGUGGUAAUCAUCUGUGCUCAAGUCGACGCUGAGGAUCACUGCAUGCAAUUGAGAGGAAAUGGCCUUCUUAGCUCAAUUGAGCCAGCUGAUGGUGGUUGCUGAACAAUCAAGUGCUUCAGUCUAUAUCAGUUUUAUGAGGCGCUCUAAUAUAGAUUGUACAUAUAAUAUACAGUACUGUCUUGUACUUGAAAAUGAUCUAUGCUGAGGUUAAAGUUGUAAAGUUAGUAAUUAGGCAAGGGAAUGUUUUGGUAUGUUUACAGACAUGCAGACAUUAUCAUGCAACACUGCCAGAGUACUAGUGAAUGUAUUUGCACCAAAUUGGGAGAUUGAAUUUAUAUUAUUUAUUUGUGCUGUUAA